AUGACACCUAGCGUAGAAUCUUUUGAGGAAUCUACUAAUCGAAUACCCGUUUACCACUUUGCAAAAACUCAUUCUGAUGUGUUGAGUUGGGAGGGCUUUGUAGAGAGUGUCCAGGCUUUUGUUAAUGCGGUAUUUGCUUUCUUUUAUGCUAAUAGUCAUUUGCUCAAUUCACGUUAA